AUGGAUCGUAAAUCAAGGACAUCGCGCUCGGCGUCUUUAGAAGAUACCAACGAAGAACUAAGUCUGUGGAAACAGAUAUGCACGUCGCUCGCGAAACUGGAAAAUAUACAAAAGGAAACAGAGUCUGUUUUGAACAGUAUCAAUAAAAUACAUGUUGCUGUCAAUUUUGAUGAAGGCAUAUCAGUUAGUUUAUCACAACGGUUAAAGGAUUAUUAUCAAAACGGGAUUAAUCUUUCAUCAAGUGAAGCAAGAACAAUCAGUGAUAUCAUUGAAAAAGUAUCAGUAUUGAUUGCCCUGAGAGAAGCAUCCGAGAACGUGAAUGAACAAAAACGAAAAAAGCGGAAAACUGAAGCCGACGAACUGAAAAGCUCUAAUUCAUCACCUAGUGGCACAUCUGCAAAGAAAUCGAAAAACAGUGACAUUAUACCACCAGGCACUUCAGUGGCUGCUAAGCAACCGAAACAAAAAGAUAAAAAUGAAGAAUGGAUUCUUGCUGUCGUGAUCAAUUUUCAAGCCGAUAAAAACAAAUACCAUGUAGAAGAUGUGGAUCAAGAUGAAUUCGGUCAACGACAGCGAUAUUUAUUGCCUCCACGAAAUGUCAUUCCUGUUCCGGACGGUCGAGAUACACGCAAUUUGCCAGAGCUAAGUGCUGGCCAGGACGUCUUGGCUUUAUAUCCUGGAACCACUUGCUUUUACAAAGCAACGGUGAUUCUUCCUCCAAACAAGAAUAAGGAUCUUGGCUCGGCAGGGAAUUAUCAGGUACAAUUUGAAGAUGAUAAUAACGAGUUGAAGUAUGUAUUGCCAGGACAUGUCUUGGAAAUGCCCAAAGCGAAAUGA